CCUAAGUGGAAAGAUGGGACGUGGGUGGCUCUGUGGGUUAAACCACUGAGCUUAGGGCUUGCCGAUCAGAAGGUCGGUGGUUCAAAUCCCCGCAACGGGGUGAGCUCCCAUUGCUCGGUCCCAGCUCCUGCCAACCUAGCAGUUUGAAAGCAUGUCAAAGUGCAAGUAGAUAAAUAAGUACCGCUACAGCAGGAAGGUGAACGGCGUUUCCGUGUGCUGCUCUGGUUCUCCAGAAGUGGCUUUGUCAUGCUGGCCACAUGACCUGGAAGCUGUACGCCGGCUUCCUCGGCCAAUAAGGCGAGAUGAGCGGCGCACCCCAGAGUCGGUCAUGACUGGACCUAAUGGUCAGGGGUCCCUUUACCUUUUUAAGUGGAAAGAUACUGGUGAAGCAUAUUGCCUUGUUGAAACACUUCAUCACGAUGUUAUUUCAAUACAGGUAUUCAAAGAUAUGGUGAUUUAUUGGGCAGUCCUAUUUACAUGUAGGCAAAAUGGUUGUGAUGAGUAGUUCUUGGCUUAGAGAAGAAAUUUGUUAAUGACCUACAAAUAAGGUUUCUGAGUAGGAACACUGACACAUCUGCAAUGACCUGCUACAAUGAUGGGAGUCCCAGAUUACGGUAGUUCUACUGAUGUGCCAGCCUUGCUACUGCUUUGCCUUUCUCCAUAGGAAAGCUGGAGUGUUAAGUCUCUGCUUCAUGAUUCCUUAUUCAGCAACCAAUUACGUUUUGACAUUACAUUUAAAUUCACAGACCAUUGACAAAUCACAUUAAUGACUCUUAAUCUGCCUCGAGAGGCUGGUCCACCAUAGACAUGAGAACUUGCAUGUAUAUUAUGCAGCAUUUUCAAUAUUAAAACAGAGAUAAAGCAUAACAGAAAAAGUUCUAAAAACCCUGAGCCAAAUACAAAGGGCUGACUCGCUGCUGCUGUAAUGUUGAACAUUACAUCUGAACUGGGUGUACUUCCUUUUGAUGAAGUCUGAUAAUGAUACAAAGCGUAAAAUUUAGGACUGCUGCUAAAACUUCCUUGAAAUUUGUAAUUGCUACAAAUUUCCUCAGAAUUAUUGCAGAGAAGAUAAACAGGAAGCUAUGAUGAAUUUCACUGUAGGGAAUUAUUCCAGUUGUUCAGUAUUACUUAAUAAUUAGAGAGUUGUUUUCAGUUGAACUCUGUUAUCUUCUAGGUAUAUUUUUAUUUGUUUACCUGUAGAAGGUCAGUGGGACCUUAACAUUCUCAAGGUUAAAUACAAAGUCAGUGGCUGACUGUUGCAAGGCUAGAGACAAAUCCAAUUAAAAUAAGUGAGAGUCUUCUCAGUGAAAUCAGUAGCUUUAGGUCAGAGCUGUAAUUGAUUAAAUGACGUUUAUCUUUGCGCAGACAAUCUGGUACUUUGCAGCAUACACAAGGUUAUUCUGCCACACACUAAUUGUAAGAACGUCCUAAUCCAGAAUACUUGCUCUUGAAUCCUUUUAGAGCCAUUAAGGAAGUAAGAUAAGUGUUGUGCAAGUAUUCCAUAUGAAGUAGUUCACGGAUCUAAGUGCUGUUGAAAUCAAUUUGGUCAUAGUUUCUGAAUCUUUUACAUUAAAUAAAUUGGCUGCCUGGAGAUAAAUACCAAUACUGUAUCCCAAAGCAGCAGUAGAUCUCUUACCCCCCCCCCAAAUAUUUAAAUCUCAGAUGCAGUAUAAGAUGUAGAAGAUUUGACAAGACAAUUUGGAGUCUGUUACACUUUUUCAGCUCCUAUGAUUGCUCCACAAGUACAGUACAGUACUGGAAAUUUACUUGGGUUGCAAUCGAAAGCACACUUAUUAGUGACUAUUCCCUCUUGAACAGACUUUUACUUUCUUCUGAAUAAAGUUUCCUAGGGUUUCACUGUUAGUAUGUUGCAGUAAGAAAUGUUUGUGUGUCAGAUAUUUUAUUUAGAAUUUAAUGUUUCUAAUUCCAAAUGCUUUAAAGAAAAACAUGAAGAUAGGUAUAAUAAACAGUAAAAGCCACUUUAUCAGUACAACUAAAAAAAUAAAAUAAAAGUUAUACUGAAGAUAUGUAAGAAUAAAGGGUUAGUUUGAAGGGCUAUUAAUGCAAAGGCUAAAUUAACCACAUUUUGGUGUGAUUUUGUAAAGGUUCAACAAAAACUGAUCGUUAUUAGAAAUGACAAAUUAAAAUGAAGUGUUUAGAUACAGUACAAUGGUUUUUUAAAAAAAUAAAGGGCAUUGGUUUUACUUUUCUAGAAUAUCAGAUGUGCAAUCUUUCCACUAAUAAAAACUUGCUCAGUAGGAAGCUAUUAUUGUGUACUUUCCAGAAUAGUGUUAUUAGAUACUGUCAAAUGGGUAUCUUAGCAAUAAAUGUGUUAUUUUGAUAUCAAAGGUUGUUGUUUAGAGUUCUAGUCUUGCUGGAAAAUCUGGAAGCUGAACACUAAACCUGCAUGCAAAAAUGCUGUCCUAAGUGUAUAAUUAAGAUAUUUCAGACAAAAAUACAUCAGAACAAAUUCUAGAAUGUUGUUUAUUCAUCAUGCAUAAUCCUUCUUUUAAUGACUCUGAAAAAUUAAUACUGGGUACUUACUUUUAGUGGAACAGUUAAUAAGAAAAUUGAAGUACGUUCAAAAACUAUGUGUUUGCAGGUACCCUACCCCUUGUCCUUGGAAGCCUUAUAAGCUGCUGCUGCAGGAGAGGGAUUGUGAGCAACAUCAUGGGAGGAAUGUUUCUUGGACUAAGGAAAUGGGACUUGGAAUUUAAAUGAGUCUGGAUAACACACAUCAAUGAAGAAGCUCCUGCAUUACGUGCUUUAGGGGCAGAACUUCAGAAAAGUCAAACUUCCAGAUUUGCUGUACUUUCAUAAUGAAGAAAAUUAGUCUCAAGACCAUUCGUAAGUCUUUUAAUUUAAAUAAGAGCAAAGAUGAAAGUGACUUCGUUGUAGUUGCACAGCCAUCAUUAAAUGAUUUUGGAAAAGAUGACUCCUUGUUUGGUAGCUGCUAUGGUAAAGAUUUGCCGAGCUGUGACAUCAACAGUGAAGAUGAGAAAGGUGGAAAAAACAGAUCGAAGAGUGAAAGCUUAAUGGGUACGUUAAAAAGGCGGCUUUCAGCAAAACAAAAGCAGAAAGGCGGCAAAGGUAGCACGCCAUCUGUUAGCUCUGCUGAUGAUGACACCUUCUCUUCUUCUUCUGCUCCAAUAACCUUCAAAGAUGUGAGAGCUCAGAGACCUCUUAGAUCUACAUCCCUCCGAAAUCACCAUUAUAGCCCAACUCCGUGGCCGCUUCGUCCAACAAACUCAGAAGAAACAUGUAUAAAAAUGGAAGUGAAAGUAAAGGCCUUGGUCCACUCCUCAAAUCCAAGCCCUGCACUGAAUGGUGUUCGCAAAGAUUUCCAUGACUUGCAGUCAGACAGUGUAUUCCAGGAACAGAACAAUGCAUUGAAAAGUACAGAAUCUCAGAAUGGAGAUUUGCAUCUCCAUAUUGAUGAACAUGUGCCUGUAGUUAUUGGACUUAUGCCUCAGGACUACAUUCAGUAUACUGUGCCUUUAGAUGAGGGAAUGUAUCCUUUGGAAGGAUCACGUAGUUACUGUUUGGAUAGUUCCUCACCCAUGGAGGUUUCGACGGUUUCUUCUCAAAUGGGUGGCAGUGCAUUUCACGAAGAAGAGGGUCCAGUGAGUCAAGAUGUAGUAGUUACCCCAGAUAUCUUUGUUGACCAGGCAGUGAGUGGCUUAUUAAUUGGUACCACAGGAGUCAUGUUGCAAAGCUCAAGAGUCAAUCACAGUGAUGUUCCUCCGCUCUCUCCAUUGCUACCUCCAAUACAGAAUAAUCAAAUCCAAAGGAACUUUAAUGGCCUAAACGCCACAGAUGUCCAUGUGGCUGAAAGUAUGCGUUGCCAUUUGAAUUUUGAUCCUAACUCCGCACCUGGAGUUGGAAGAGUGUAUGAUUCUGUACAAAACAGUGGCCCUAUGGUUGUGACCAGCCUCACAGAAGAACUGAAAAAACUUGCAAAACAAGGGUGGUACUGGGGCCCAAUUACACGAUGGGAAGCAGAAGGAAAACUGGCCAAUGUUCCUGAUGGCUCGUUUCUUGUACGAGAUAGCUCUGAUGACCGCUAUCUUUUAAGUUUGAGUUUCCGUUCCCAUGGUAAAACUCUUCAUACAAGAAUUGAGCAUUCAAAUGGCAGAUUUAGCUUUUAUGAACAACCAGAUGUGGAGGGACAUACUUCUAUAGUUGAUCUCAUCGAACACUCCAUCAGGGACUCUGAAAAUGGAGCAUUUUGCUAUUCAAGGUCUCGAUUGCCUGGAUCUACAACUUACCCAGUCAGACUGACCAAUCCAGUAUCUCGUUUUAUGCAGGUGCGUUCGUUGCAGUAUCUGUGUCGCUUUGUUAUACGCCAGUAUACCAGAAUAGAUCUGAUUCAGAAACUGCCUUUGCCAAACAAAAUGAAGGAUUAUUUACAAGAAAAGCACUACUGAAGGCUUAUGGGAACCUUGCAUCUUGCACUUUGGGAACAACAACAAAAUAAAGAAGAGAGAUUGAAAUACCGUUUACAAACUUUAAUUGCUAUCAGUCUUUUGCUGCCAUAAUUUCAUUUUGUGCAUAAAGAAGGGUAAUUCAUUUUUAUUUGUUUAAUGGGUGGUCUGGGUUUUAUGUUUUAAAAUAAUGAUCUCAGCAUAUAUUUUUAGGAGAGUGAAUAGCUAUCUUUCAUUCAGUGUGCAAAAUAAUCACAAUGUGAAUGAUAAGUUUUCCUAAAACUCCCAUCUCCUUUGCUGCUAAUCCACUGUGAUUUUUAUGCAUUUGAAGCACAUUUCAUGUGUUUUCAACCAUAAGUAAAAGUUGACACUUGAUGGGAUAUGUUUUGUCUUCUUCAAACAGCCUGGUUUUGUUUUGUUUUUAAUUUUAGAAAAAUUGUGGAAAAAUUGUGCCAGUAUACAGAAUUUAGAUGUAUGCUGAAAAAGAUUUCCCAGUAUCCUAAUUAAAAACAUAAAGUUAACUGUGGGCUGGAGGGAAUGUGUGAUGCAACACAGUUAUGCAACCUAUGUUUUGAAAGCCUCCUUUCUCCUAAACUAGUUUCAAAGAUUGUAUAUAUUGUUUUGCUUUUUUUGUUCAUUCUUAACCAUUUUUUAAGUUUUAAAAACAGCCUUUCAAAACAGACUUGGUAAAAAAUAUUGCUAGUAUUCUGUAUUUAGACGAAAGUUAAAUGUAAACCAGAGACCAUUUUUAAAACUAUUUGAUAUCCCUGUAAAACUAUGAUUUUGACUAAGCUAUGGUAGCACAUGGUUGGAUAACUGAAAUCUAUCCUUUCCCGGAUAAUUUCAACAUAGUGGGUUCUUUGCCAGUAGGAUUUUAAAAGUUAUUAUUCGACCAGAAGAUCUAAACAUUACCCCAUAUUUCCUGCAAAAUUGAGACAUCUAGCCAAAGUUAAGCCAAUUCAAAUUUAAUUAAUUUCAUAGAUGAGUUGUGCACAUGCUUAAAUUUCUCCCAAGGAAAUUGAUGGGAUUAGCAAGUACUUAACUUUGCUAGAUAAUGCCCUUAAAUGUUUUUUUUUUUUGCUUUCAUACAUUUUCCAUCAUUAUAUUCAUUUCUAUAUGUAAGAUGGGAAGAGAAUAAAUUAAAAUUAUCCCCAAAGUUUCAUUUUUAAAAAAACCUUGCAUGUUUUGAAAUUAAGACUGAAUUGAUUACAUUAUGGCGUAAUCCCUAUAGGAAAUAUUUCAGGGCAUUACCAGACUCAUUUCUGCUUAGUCUUAUUCAAAACAAGGAAAAGCAGUUCCAUUUAAUACGUGAGACAUGGGAAAAUCCUGUACUAGGUUUUCCAGAGGAAGAUAGAUUUACAUAGUUUACACAAUGGAUCCAAUCCAGAAGUUGGUUCUAUAGAACCAGCGGGAGAAGUUACUGCUGGACCUAAAUGUAACAAACUAACUUUGGAUUGGGGCCAUUAAGAUUUGUACUCAUGGGACUGCUUCUACCGAGCAUUAUAGGGUGGAAAGGAAGUAUUCCUGUUUGCAUUAAGGAAAGAUCUAGCCAAUCAAAAUCUUAGCAAGCAGGGAACUGAACUCUGAAAUUUCUGGAGAAAAAAGGUAGUAUUUUGGAGGCUCGUUUGUAGGUUACAAAAUUUACUUUGUGCCAUUUUCAUGUGUCUUGUUUUAGUUUUAUGUUUUUCCUCCUAUCCUCUGAAAGAUAUGGCCAUUAGUAAUUUUUCUUUUUCCCAUCUCAAAAAUUUGAAUACGUUUCUGUUUAGUAAAAAAAAUAUUAAAGGGUGAUAAAGUUUUGAAAAAAUCUUCGUUUCUGGAUAAUUUUCUAUUGCUUGUUCUACCUAGCCUUUUCUGUGCUCCGAAUGAGUUUAUAAUAUUAAAGUACAGUGUUGCUGCAAGGCGCUGCAAUGGCGCCACAUCCUGGGUUGCCUGAAUCGAUAUGCUAAACUUCUAUUUUUUAAAAAAAUAUUUUUAGAUCAUAGUGUUUAAAAAGAAUAUCAGAGGCAAAGCAUGACUUUUGCUCUGGGAGUUAGAGGUGGAAGUAUCUCUCUUGCCCAGUUAAAAUAGGUUCUGAGGUAUGGGGAGUAUUUAGAGAGAUGUAUUCUUAAAUUCCUGAGCAAAGUAUUCAUGUGUGUCAUUUAUUGGCUUUGCCAUCCUGAUAUUUAUGCAAAAUCUUCAUUUGGUUUUCUGGUUUUUACCCCCAAAGCAAGACUACAAAUUUUAUACACAAAAGGCACAAUAAUAUAUACUAUGGUACAGUGUUUUGAGUCUGAGGAAGACAGAGGUAAUCCAUUUUAUACAAUAGGAAGCAUACUUGUUAGCUUAAUGCCCUUGUCAUUUGGGGGGUGGGUGCGGGGAAUUCCCCCUUCAAAUGCAAAAAUAAAAUAAAAUUUUGUGUGGUUGGAGUUAAAACGUUUCCUGGAACAAUAAUCUGUAUUAUGGCAAAGGUCAAAAGCAAACAUUAUCCUGGUGUCUAAACUCUAAAUACCGAUGUUACGAGUUAUGAUGGUAUUACAGUUCCAUAUGAAUUGUGUAUUUAGAUCUCUUAUGUCCCAGUCAUAUUGCUGUUCUGAGACAGCAUGAACCUGCAUGCUGUAUUCCUUCUCAUACUCUCUCCAGUUCAUUUGUAUUGAAAACAGGUUUUCAGAGGUGGUUCUUGCAAUGCUGACCGAUGAGCUUUUCACUGCUUUCCUCUUUGCUCUUGUAGCACAGUUCUACAGGAGCAGUUGCUUUCUUCCACUGUGCAGUUUAGUGGACGUGGAGAAGGCAUUGUGUCCUGAUAAAUGGCAACCUAUAGUCAUAUACUCCAUAAAAGUAUUAAAUUAUUAGAUCUGCCUUUGCCCUCCCCCUUGCUAGGCCUUCAUCUCCUAGCAAGCCAACUUCUCAUUAGCUAGAGCAGCAACUACCAAUGCAUACACUUUCCUCCAAACACAUCUGGGCUAAGCAAGCGGCCCAGCUGGAAAAACUGCCCAGUAGGAGCAGCUAUUUUAUGUCUUGCUGCUAACAGCCACCUAGCAAAUACCUGAGCGUGGAUGAGCAGACAUAACUGCACCACUGAUGCUGGCCUUUUGUUUCCACUCUGGGUGGUCCUGAAGCAAUUGACCAAGCUUGUUCAGGAGGUGGGGAAACAUUUUAAGUGUAAUCCAACAUCUGCCCUGGAGGAUCUUCUGGCCCAGAACUGCUUAGGACAGUAAGACAGAUAGAAUGAGUGGCUUCUGCUCUAUGUAUUUCCAAGCUUCAGUAUGGCAUUGGGGGGCAAUUGCUGCUUGAGGUGAGUUGCACCCAUGUAUCACAUAAAGGAAUGAGUACAUUUCAACUGAAUGAUUCCAUUGAAAACACUUAUUGAAUUGCCUUUAUUGCUCUGUUCUUUGUACUUCAUAGGAUGGACAUAUCUUAUGGCCACAAAGAUCUAUGUGUUAUAUUCAGUCACAUUUUCGUGCAUUUUAACUGGUUGCCUAAAUGGCCUGCUCAUAUGUUCAGUGUAAUAAAAGAGCUUAUGCAAGACUUCAUAACAACCUCCAACAAACAUAGUCUGCUAGAAAGCAGAAGCCCCUGUUCACAGUUGCUCUUGAGUUCCUCCCAUGUGACAUUGCUCAUGCCAACAGAUUACUCUGCAAACUGUUAAUCUGAGUCAUGUUUAAAUUGCAUUUAAUGCAUAGUGCAUUCUUAGAUAGACAGUUUAUAACACUGAAGGAAAGGGACACUCAAGUUAUGGGAGAACUAAAUCAAGCUGCUCAGCAUUUGUUUUAACCUGGUGAGGUAAUUUCCUAAAGUUUUCUUACUAUUCUAUAAACAAAUGGCAUAGAUUACAUAUCAAUGUUUUUCUGCUGUUGAAACAUCAGCAGAUAUAACAUAAUAAACAACUUCUGGGAGGGUUGGUGGAAUACUUAUGGUUGGUUAUGAUGAAAAACACUUCGUUCUGCACUAGCAUAGCUUGGUUAAUAACUGCAGUUUAAACAUGCCAAUACUAUAAGCAGAAAAUGCUAUUGUAGAUUGGCAGGAAAAAUAGUGGUGUAAAAUUAGACUGUUAACAAGUUCAUGAUAAAAAUAAGACAAAGAACUAAUUAAUUUGUAAUGGAGAAAGCAAACAUUAAGUCCGUAACAUAGGAAGCUAGCUCAGUAUUGUCCACACUGACUGGCAGGGACUUUCAAGGGUUUCAAGCAGGGUCUCUCCAAGCCCUGGAGAUACCAGGGAUUGAACCUGGGAACUCCUGAAGGGAGGACUCUACCACUGAGCUCUGGCCUUCCUUGGUGGGAGUGCAUCACUUUAAAACAAAACUACUGAUUUCAUUUUUCUGAGGGCAAUAGCUGUAUUUUAUUAGUGUCCUUCCACCAGAUAGGUUUCAAGAAAGCAAAUGUGAACUGCAGUGGUGAUUUCUGAGCUUACAAUGAGUAGAUUGUGGUGUAAGAAACAAAGGGAACAAUCCAGUUUGACGGACCUCCACGUAUAGACAAGAGGAUCCAAAAGCCCAAGACCCCAACAGGUCAGUAUGUGGUGCCUCUGGGAGUCUGGCACCUGCAUACCUCGUGUUGGUUACUAUCCCAGCAGAGGGCCUCUUUAGCCAGUGUAUCCAACCACUCGCUCCCUCCUUUCUAAGAUGUGGUCUGGAAAGCCUGAGACCCCUAUAAAACUCCCUCUUUGGCAUGUUCCCAAUGGGCUGCGAGCACACAAAAGCUGAAACAGACAGCUGUGCCCCUGUGCUGCUGUUCCUUUAGAAGGAUGGGCUAGACUUCUUUAAACUAGUUACCUCCUUGCAGCACUACGGUUUCAAUAAUAAAGGGAUUUUUUGUUUUAAAGAUUGGAUUACAAGACUUUAAUAGAUUUCUUCUGUUGUUACAGCAAUAGCACUUGACAGUGCUGCUGAGAUGUGCCUGCCUUGUUUCUUUGCUGCCUUUAAUGGGCUAUGAAAUAACAUCUGCACAUUGGAUAUUUUCAAACCUGGUGUACUCAAGACUAGAGAGAGAGAUAGCUUACAUGGACAAUACAGUGUAACAGUGAUUCUGGCAUAUCAGUCCACGGGCAAUUGACGCAUUUUCCUUCACCUGUGAGGAUAGUCCAGUACUAUAAAUCAGGCUCGCAAUCAUAGCAACAAAGUCUUGUCUUCUUUAAGGCCUUCCCCUUACACUUUUUGUUUUACAUCUUCAUUAAGCAGACACACAAGCAACAAACAUUCUUAGCAGACCCACUGUUCAAGUGCAGUUACAUACCCAGCUAACACCAGCUAAUUUUUGUCAGACGCUUCAUAUGUUUAGAUCUUCUAAAAGCAACAUCCUACAUCUGCAGAAGGCAGCUCUUUCAAAACUCUUCCAGAUUGGGCUGCUGGGGGGGGGGGCAGGGAAAAGGCCGGAUCAGUGCCUGUGAGGGUCAGAGCAUUUUUUUUAUAGUGGCGUAGAGAAGGAAGACCCUAGCAAGACUGAUAAUUCAUGUGAAGCUUGAAGUGUUUCCCCUAAUAAUGUUUGAGUACGUUGCUAACUCGAGGCAAGUGAUUCUUGGAGAGGGAGGAAUUUCAACAAGAACUUUACUUAUCUCCCCCCCCCCCUUUGUAAUUCUGUCCAUUAUGUUCUGGUCCCAGGAGAUCAAGUCCAGCAAACCCAGGGUAGUCUUUUUGUUUUCAAAAUCCCCAGGUUAUCUUUAAUAUUCAUGUCAAGGUGCUUAUCUCCAUAUGAACUCUUACUGCUGAACUUUGCAGAACAUGCAGUUUUUCGUACAAAUUCAUUUCUUAAAUGUGUAAAUAUUGGAACUGUUAAGUGAAGCCAAAAUACCAGCAAUAUAUUGACUGUGAAUUCCAGUAAGGAAGGGUCUUCAGCUAUAUAACUUUCAAAUUUUAAGCUAAAAUAUGGUCACAACAGCAAUUGCUAAUAUUGUAUCCUUGAAUACUACAAAAAAAUAUGAAAGACAUGCUCUUUAAGAAAGAUGGGAUAGACCUUAAAAUGACAAAAUACUGUAGAGUUUGAUGUAUUUGGAGAAUAGUCCAAACUCUCUACGCCAAUAAUGGGAUGGGGCAGAAAUUCUUAUAGAAUUUUGUACUACUACAUAUUGGGUUAAAUAAUUUUUAUAGUGGUGAUGGAGUGCCAUGAAAUUAAUACUUAAAAUCCAGAUUGCUGUAGUUUACACUUUUCUGUAUGUUUCCAACUGAGUGUGCAUUAUUUGUAAUAAGCACACAACAGAAUGAAUUAUCCAAAGUCCAUUGAUUUUAAAUGUGUUUUGGUUUGUUAAAAAGAUUAUAGUAAUUUCUUGCACAUUUUUUGAAAAAUUGUAUAAGGAUUUAUGUAUCUGCUUCUAGAUACGGUGUGUAAAUAAAAACAUUCACAAAAAAUAAUAAUCUGUGGUGUAUAUUUUCGUAAAAUGUUGGUAAUCAUCCAGUAAAGUUAAUAUCUGAAAACUCUUAACAGUUUUCCUCAUUUUCCGGUUCCAGGUUGCUUUUAACAAAUGGAAAAGGACCCUUCUCACUUAAUGAAUUCCAAACCCUUUACAGAUUCACAUAUGCCCAGGCAAAGUAGGUGUAAUUUUUUUUAAAAGGACAACAUAGUAGUAGCUAAGAGGCAAGUUAGUGCAACUCUACAAUACUUUAGUACAGGGACACCAUAUUAUUCCUUGCUAAAGGUACUCUGCUAUCUGAGUUUGCUAUCAGUUUUGAAGUGUGGCAGGGCCACUCAAAAAUAAAAUUGUGAUUUAUAUACAAUAGGUGUGAUAAAGUAUAAAAGUAUGUUGAUUAAAAUUAAGUAAUUUACAAUAUGAAAACCCACAAAAUAGGACAUGGGCCUGUAAGAUUCAAGAUCUAUGGAAACUGGAAGGGAAGAAAGAGUGAAUUGGACUGCACAAACACCAAAAAUAAGUAUCCUAGAGAGAAGAUUGGAGAUAGAUUCUGUUAACUUUUUUUAAAAGAAGCCCUUCACAUACUCAUACAGAGAUAUUUCAGGUAUAAUGAAAGGGGGGCCCUUUCUCUUUCAGCUGCCUCACCUGCUAUAUAGUUGUGAAAUGGCAUGUAAGCAGCUAGCGCUAUAUGGUACAGCAGCAUGGGAAAGAAAAAGUGUUCUAAGAAGUUAAGAGCCCUGCUGGAUCAGACCAAGCCCCAUCUAGUCCAACAUUCUGUUAUCACAGUUCUCUAUGAGAAACCCUGGAAGCAGGACCUGAGUGCAACAAUGGGAGUCCACUUACAAUUCCCAGAAACUGAUAUUCACAGGCACAACUGCCUCUGACAGUGGAAGCAGGGAACAUAGCCAUGAUUCUGAAACUCCCUCCGUCUGAAGCUCAAACAGCGCACACACAAAUUGCUACAGGAUGGUUGUAACCUCUUGGGGGUUGUGAGGAUACACCGCAACAUUUUAUUGUGGCGGUUCCACUUCUUGUUAUUAGGCCACAACAAGAAACAUGAUAAGCAUGUUGGCGGGACUUUCUAGGGGCCUAUUUGUAUCACUGCACUUAAGCUGAUAAAGGAGCAUGUAAUAGGAAGAGGUGUCUUCAUAAAAGUGGCCGCAACUGAUUUUCAAAGGGACUUCAUUGCCAAGGUAGUUGUAAUUAGCGUUUAGGGAUACCAAUAUAAGAAAGGCAGAAAGCUAACAGUGCAAGUAUCUACAUGUAUACAUGGCGGUAAGCCCCAUUGAGUUCAACGAGUCUCCCAGGGUAAGUGUGUAUAGGAUUUCAGUCUUAAUCUGCAAUGCAUCCAAUUAUGCAUACUCAAGUUCUGUCGAUUCUAGUGGGAAGUAAAGGUUUGCCGUGUUGCAGAAUUGGUUUCCUUUUAAAAGACUCUUGAUUAUAGCUGCAUCGUGGAGGAAACAGUAGUGUGAAGAGGAAUAUAGAUGAGACGGCCUCUUUGGCAGGCUUGUUUGGAUGUUUUGUUAUCGAAUGCAAAUUAUGAAGCAGGCCAAAGUUGCCCUCUCCCAACACCAAUUCAUGUGGGUGGCAGAGGUAUUUCAAUUUGAAGGGGAGGGGUGAUUUUAGAUGUUCCCAUUGAAAUAUAUGGUAGAGAAUUCGUUUCCAAAACAUUUGCUAUAUGUUGGGGAUUAAGAUCUCAGCAGCUUUGCAAAAUGUGGGAAUUGGUCAUCUAGGUUUAAACCCUUUGAGCAAUUUGGUCCUGUCUUCCUUGCCAUUAAUCUGCCAGUUUCACUGUACUGAAUUGACAUAUACACACAUGCCACUGGGCUUCCUCUUUUUCCUUCUAAGAUUGGCAGAGAACCAACUGCGAAUGCUCUACAAAGAAUAAUAAAGUUCAACCUUUUUCAAAAGAAAUCUUUCAGCUAAUUUACAGUAGAAAUUCCCUAGUAAAAGACAGUGUCACAAAUCAUCCCAGCGAAGGCAUAUGCAAACCAUUAAGUGUUGUCAGUUUAAGUAAUUGGGACUCUUAUGUUUGAAGACUAACAAUCCAAUAAAACCAACCUCCAUUGUUCUGUAACUAAGGCUCCUACUUGAUCUCAGUAUCUUGGAAAUGUAUAUAUAUUCUGCUCUAUGGCCCAAUGCAUACAUAGCUGCCAAGUUAUCCCUUUUUUAAAGGGAUUUUCCAUUAUG